ACAACUCGGUCAAGUAGAACCGACGGCGACGCGGCGACUGACUUUGAAGAUUUGGAAUUGAGUAUUAACAAGCAUCAAAGUCACUGUUGAAAGUCUCCCAGGAUGUGUUGUUUAACUAUGUAAAGCUAAAGAGGCUGAAGAAACCACCAUUUUGACAGGUCUCCCAGGAUGUGCUGUUGAAGUAUGUAAAGCUAAAGAAGAGGAAGAAGUCACCAUUUUAACAGGUCUCCCAGGAUGUGCUGUUUAACUAUGUAAAGCUAAAGAAGAGGAAGAAAUCACCAUUUUGACAGACAGGUUUAAUUGAGAACACUUGGAGGCUGCUAUGAAUGGAGACAAAGCAUUGAGAAGCCAGAGUCAAGAGAGAUCUCCCUGACUGAAAUCCACACAGGAUUAUAAAGUCACAGGAAACAGAAAUAGAAGUCUGGUGUGAUGUAUAAAUACGUGUUACAGAAAUCUGUCACAGUGUCUGGGGUUAGUGGGUGUAAUCACAUUACCCAUGUGUCAACAGACCGGGUCUGGAUCAGUGAUGGUGAAGGCAAUCUCAUCUUAACUAACACGACAGGAGACACACUAGAUCAAGUGACAGGUUUAUAUCAAUAUGGUUAUGGAGUACAUACUGUGACUAGUGAUAAUGAAUUGAUUUAUAUAGACAGUGAAUAUAACAUCAUAAAACUGUCUACAAAUAAAGUAAAGACGACACUGAUACCAUACACAUCACCAUGGAGACGAGAGUGUGUCUACAGCUCCCCCUCCACUGGAGACCUACUGGUCGGGAUACGUAGAUAUACUGAUACAUGGGCAGGCAAGGUAAACCGUUACUCCAACACAGGAGAACACAUACAGACCAUACAGCACGACAACACAGGUCAGGAACUGUAUAGUUAUCCUGACUACAUCACAGAGAACCGCAAUGGAGAUGUUAUUGUGUCUGACUCAUGGAGUGGUGUAGUGGUGACAGACAGAAGAGGGAGACAUCGGUUUACCUACACAGGACCUCCAUCAGGAUCAGGACUAGAACCAGGUGGAAUCUGUACUGACGCGCUGUCACACAUCCUGCUGUGUGAUUUUAUCACCAACACAAUACAUAUCAUUGAUAGAGACGGUAACUAUCUGACAGAGAUAGUUACAGUACAACACGGGAUAGACAGACCAUGGAGCCUGAGUUAUGAUGACAACACCCGCUCUGUCUGGGUAGGAUCAUACAACACAGUGAACAUCUACAGACUUAUCUAUGAUUGGGAUAAUCUGACUGGUAAGUUAUACUGA